CCCAACGUCUACUACUGACAUCCCAACGUCUACUACACCAAUGACAACUUCUGCUCCAACAACUACAAUGCCUCGUACAGUGUGCCAAUCUUGCACCCUAGACGCCACAACUGUCAUAAUGGUGCAUCCUUCUGCCAAACCAUUCACAAGUGACACUAUCGACGACACACAAACUUGCGCAAUUCGAACUUUGGUUUGCGAUGCUAGAUCACCUGGUGGAGACGUUCUAGUUUCGUUUAAUAGAGAUGAUUCUGGUUCUACUGGAGGUCCGAACACAUUUACAACUAUCCUUAAUUGCAAUGACGAUAUGCAAUGGACAUUGUCUGGAAUUGUGAUUACCGAGAUUGAGUGUCAAUCAGCAUAA